AUGUCUGCUCCAUUGGGUAUUGGAAUUCGUUCUGGAAGUUAUGGGUCUCUGGAUAAACAGGUACAGAACGGCUCUGCACGCAAGGCUUCAAAGAUGCUCAAGGAGAAGGAGAAGGAGAGGUUGUUCCUUUGGAUCUGCAAGUUCGCUGGCCGCAAGAAGGUCGGAAUGCUCUUCCUCUGUCUCAUCUCUGCUGCAGUUUUCAUCUGGGUUUUGUAUGUUGGAAAAGGUGAAGAUUCUCAGGAAGCAAACAGAGUAUCAAGCAUUAGCGAGAAUGAAAGCAUGUCUACAAGUGAUUCUACAUCUCGGAUCUCUACGACAAAUGCAAUGGACUUAACUACAAAAUUGAGCCCUCCACCACCCCCUGCCUAUUUUUUGGGCUACCAUCUUCCUCCAGGGCAUCCGUGUAAUAGCUUCACACUUCCUCCCCCGCCUGCCGAUAAAAAGCGUACUGGGCCACGUCCAUGCCCGGUGUGUUACCUUCCUGUGGAAGAGGCCAUUGGACUGAUGCCAACUUUGUCCUCACCUUCACCGGUCCUUAGGAAUUUAACAUAUGUCUACGAGGAAAAUUUAAAUAGAGAUCGAGAAUUUGGUGGUUCAGAAUUUGGUGGAUAUCCUACUUUGAAGCAGAGAAAUGAUUCUUUUGAUAUACGAGAGUCAAUGAGUGUGCACUGUGGAUUUUUAAGAGGAACUAAACCUGGCCGCAACACAGGAUUUGACAUUGAUGAAGCUGACCUUUUCGAAAUGGAACAGUGUAAUGGAGUGGUUGUUGCAUCAGCCAUAUUUGGAAACUUUGACGAGAUAAAUGAGCCAAGAAAUGUAAGUGACUAUUCGAGGAAGACUGUGUGCUUCCUCAUGUUCGUAGAUGAAGAAACAGAAAAAUAUCUGAGCAGUUCUGGCAGGCUGGGAAUCAGCAAGAAGAUUGGUUCAUGGAGGAUUAUUGUUGCUCGUAAUCUGCCUUAUGCAGAUGCAAGACGGACAGGAAAGAUUCCAAAGCUGUUGUUGCAUAGAUUAGUUCCAAAUGCUCGCUAUUCUAUAUGGCUUGAUGGAAAGCUUGAGCUUGUUGUGGAUCCAUAUCAAAUUCUUGAAAGGUUUUUGUGGAGAAAGAAUGCUACUUUUGCAAUAUCAAAGCAUUAUAGACGUUUUGAUGUAUUUGUUGAGGCUGAGGCAAAUAAAGCUGCUGGAAAGUAUGAAAAUACCUCCAUUGACUUUCAGAUCGAGUUUUACAAGAAAGAGGGAUUGACCCCAUAUACAGAGGCCAAGCUUCCUCUUAUAAGUGAUGUACCUGAAGGAUGUGUGAUAGUACGAGAACAUGUUCCUAUAAGUAACCUCUUUACUUGUCUUUGGUUCAAUGAAGUUGACCGAUUUACUUCAAGGGACCAGAUUAGUUUCUCAACUGUAAGGGACAAAAUUUUGUCCAGGGUAGAUUUUCAUUUUCACAUGUUCUUGGAUUGUGAAAGACGCAACUUUGUUGUUCAGAAAUACCACAGGGAUCUAUUGCUGCGCCUGGCUCCACCAGCAACCUUUGGUUACAGUUCACCCCCGCCACCAUCUCCUCCUCCGUUGCAUGUGCUUGAAGCAUCACCUGAAAAGGGACCAAACUUAUCCGUUAGAAGAGGCCCUGGAAGGCGUGGAAAAGAUCGAAGAACCGGUCAACGGCGCCACCGCAAAGUUGUAGCUGGAAGUAGAGAGAUGGAACCAUCCAAAUUAGCAGUUUCGUUUGGGUGA